GCUCAAGUGGUUUUUCAGAGGUCUCGCUCUGAGGGGACCUGACGCAUCGCAAUCAUGGGCAAGAGGCAGCCUGUGCUGCUGGCACUGGCAAUCCUGGCCUGUGGAUUGGUGGCCCUGAAUCAGGCGUUCGUUGCGGGCCCUGGCCAGCAGCCGGCAAUUCGUGGUCAGGAGGCUGCUUUGGCAGGUGCGGUGCUGGCUGCUCUGCCUGCCAGCCCUGCCCUGGCAACGGACCAGGCUUCGGACAGCUUCAGCAAGACUGAUGUGAUUGUGAUCUUGGUCCCCAUUGUCGUCACCUGGAUUGCCUUUCUGGACUGGGAUGCCAGGCAGCCUUCUGCUGAUGACGUGACCGGCGUUGGCUACCUGGGCCCGACUGUGGAUGGCCCAUCGCCGGACCAGCCUGCCUACUACCGCCGCAGCCCUGAGAACGGCUAAGCGAGUUAGCUAGGUUUUUUCACCGGAAGCAAACCGCGUCGCAAGAGGUGGUAGGCAAAAAACAUGCAGAGGCAUGCUAGGCGUUGCGAGCUUUUCUAACAAGAUGUGGAGAGCAGUGGGCGCACUCUGAGGCUGCUUGCGGGGAACAACGUUCUACAUGCAGUGAAGCGACCCCAGUUCGAAGCAUGAGUGAUGUUUGAAUGUUUCAUACUUAAGUUAAGGGGCCAGGCACAUCAGACCUGACUUUUGCAACGACAAGAAGAU